GCUGCAAUUAAUUCAAUUCUUUGAGGAGAAUGAAUAAUCAGUUGAUAAUUCUUGCUGCAUUUCUACUUCUUCUCAAUAUCGUAGCUUCAUCGGGUCAACGGCAGGUUAUAGGUUUAAUCUUGAUUAUCAUCAAUUAAUUUGGCCCAAGUAAAGCUCUAUCGAUUACCGAAGGCCCAGAUCAUCGGCCCAUGGGUUUUUUGUUGUUUACUCUGCUUUCCAAAAUUACCAUAGCCCAUUAAUACUAUGUUUUCUCACUGAACUGAACACACUCUCUCUCUCUCUCUCUCUCUCUCUCACUGUGGGACAUACACACACUGAUACCUCCACAAGCAAGCAUGAGGCCAUGAAUUAUUUGCAAUUAUCAAGUCGACAGGUUUUAUUUGUUAAAGUAGAUUUUCCUGUAUUCAAUUUGUUCCAGAGAUACAAUGUUUCCUCUCUCCUAAUCAAGGCAUCUGAUUCCAGCGUUCCGACGUAUAAGGCGAUAGCUUCUCCGCAAGACUUCCGUGGAGGCCAAAAUGAUAAAUCUUUGGUUACAUCAAAUGCUGUUGAGAAAAAACUUGUUCGGAAGUCGGGAAAGAAGGAGCACCACUUAUGGAAAAGGAGAGACCAAAUUGGUUCAGGACAUAAAGCACUGAAUCUUGUUCGAACUAUUUGUGGACUUGCAAAUGAGAAAGAAGCUGUUUAUAGCGCCCUUGACGAGUGGAUAGCCUGGGAGACUGAAUUUCCAUUAAUUGCUGCGGCAAAGGCUCUGGUGAUCUUAAGGCAGAGGAGUCAGUGGAAAAGAAUUAUUCAGGUGGCCAAGUGGAUGUUGAGCAAAGGUCAAGGAGCAACAAUGGCGACCUAUGACCACCUCCUACUGGCAUUUGACAUGGAUAGAAGGCCAGAUGAAGCAGAAAUGCUAUGGAACAUGAUUUUACAUGCACACGAUCGAUCUAUUUCCAAGAGGCUGUUUUCCAGGAUGAUAUCCUUGUACGACCAUCAUAAUAUGGCAAAUAAUGUUAUAGAGGUAUUUGCUGACAUGGAGGAGUUGGGAGUGAAACCAGAUGAAGAUACUGUUAGAAGAAUAGCAAGGGCCUUUGAGGUGUUAGGUCAAGAGGAUAAACAGAAACAAUUCUUGACGAAAUACCAAAGAAAAUGGAAAUACAUUCACUUCAAGGGGGAAAGAGCUCGGGUAAGAACUUGAUUCCUAGGAUAAUCCAACUUGACAAAGGAUGGAGAGGAAAAUGCAUUGUACAAACAUAUUUAGAUUCUUCAUAUGCUAUAUAUAUUUUGGUUAGUGUUC